AUGACUACAAAUGUGUCUUAUGCUGCUAUAGCAAAGUCAUUAACUGAAGAACCAAAACCUCAAUUAAUUAAAGAAACAAAACCCGUUUCAGAAUCAACUGAAUCAAACAAUAAUUCUCAACCUUCAUCAUCAUCAUCAUCAAAUGAAUCAUCUGUUGAAAAAUCAAAUUCAAAAAUUUCUUCAAAAUCAUCAUCUCCAUUAAAACCAAGUUUAGCACCAGCUCCAUUACCUUCAACUUCAGCUUGGGGUUCAAUAACAAAUAAUUUUAAUGAAUUAAAUGUUAAUGAUAAUAAUUCAAACAAGAAAACUCCAUUAUUAGGUGAAACAUCGCCGUCAUUUAAACAACAACCAAAUCAACCACCCAAAAAAUUUGUUAAACAACCUGCAACUACAAAAUGGGUUCCAUUAGAUGUUAAUGUUACUUUACAAUCUAGAUCUUCUUCAAAACCAAGAAGUAAGAAAAGGCAUGGUAGUGGAAAUAGUGGAAAUAGUACCAAUAAUAAUAGAGAAGCUAAACCAAGAGUUACAAAGAAGAAAGAUGAAGUAUCAAAAGAUAAUGUAGCUAAUGGAUCAAUUAAAACUGAUGAUCAAGUUGAAAAAAUAGAGACAUUAAAACCUGAAGAAUCACAAAAGGAAGUAGUUGAAGAAGAACCAAAACAGGAGAAAGUUGAAACAAAAGAAUCACCAGUUGAACAAGAGACUGAAGAAUCUCCUGUUGUUAGUAAAGAAGAACCACGAGCCGUUGAGGAAUCAACAGCAGAAGGUGAAACUAACUCAUCAAAUCAAUCUCCAGAUCCAACUCAAGAACAAACACAAUCCAAUAAACCAUAUAACAACAACACUAAUAAUAACCCAAAUAAUAGACGUUUUAAUCCAAAUUUUAACAAUGGUUCAAAUAAUGGAUAUCAGAAGAGAUAUAAUAACAACAACAAUAAUAACAUAAACAAUCAUUAUAAUAAUUUCAAUCAAUCACAACAAUUCCAACCACGUCCAUAUAGAUCAAACAAUCAUUACAAAAAUAGAAACUACAACAAUAACAACAAUAAUAACUCUCAUAAUUCAAAUGGUUCAUCAUCAAAUCUUUCAUCACCAAUUCCAAAUUUCCAACCACAACAUUUUAAUAAUUAUGUUCAACCAAUGUAUUAUAUGCCAAUGCAACCACCAUUUAUACCAAAUAAUUAUCAAAUACCACCAAAUCAACAACAAUUUCCAAAUUCAUUCCAAUCAUCUAUUUAUCAACAACAACAAUAUCAACCACAUAAUCAGUACCAACAUCAACAUCAAAGUCAUCACCAACAACACCAACAACAACAAAAUAUUCCACCACCACCAAUUUCUCCACAACAAAAUCCAUCAGAAGCAUUAAAAUAUCAAUUAAAUUAUUAUUUUAGUCAAGAAAAUUUAAUAAAAGAUUUUUUUUUAAAACAAAAUAUGGAUCAAGAAGGUUGGGUUCCAUUAGAUUUAAUAUUAAGUUUUAAAAGAGUUAAAAUUAUUAUAAAUCAAGGUAAUAUUAAUUUUGAUGAUGUUUUAAAUAAUUGUGAAAAUAUUGAAAUUAGUGAUGAUGGUAAUAAAAUUAGAGCAUCAAAUAGAUCAUGA